AUGGCGACCCCGGCCGCCCACAAACGUCUCACCCGCGAAUAUGCCAUGCUCGAAGCCAACCCGACACAAUACAUCACCGCCCACCCCUCGGAAACGAACAUCCUAGAAUGGCACUACAUCCUCACCGGCCCGCCCAGCACCCCCUACGAAGGCGGCCAGUACUGGGGCACGCUGGUCUUCCCCUCCGACUACCCCUUCAAACCGCCCGCGAUCCGCAUGCACACGCCCAGCGGCCGCUUCCGCUGCUCCGAGCGCCUGUGCCUCAGCAUCUCCGACUUCCACCCCAAGAGCUUCAACCCCGCGUGGUCGGUAUCGACCAUCCUGCUCGGCGUGCUGUCUUUUAUGUCGAGCGAGGAGAUUACUACCGGCUCGAUUGUGGCGUCGGAGGCGGAGCGGAAGGUGCAUGCUGCACGGACCCGGUGGUGGAAUAGCACCGGUGGUGGCAGUACGUCGAGGGCGAUUGCGGGGCAGCAGCAGACGCAGAGUAAUGGGAGAGGGUUUGGGGCUAUCAAGGCGGGAGAUGGGGGCAAGAGGUUCCGCGCGCAGUGGCCGGAGCUGGACGAGGAGAAUUGGAAAUGGAUGGAGCAGAACAACAUCGAUCCGCAAACUGGCAAGAGCGUGUCGUUGCUUGCGCAGAGUUGCUCGCCGGAGACGGAUGCGAUCAGGAGGACGGUGGCUGGUAGUGCAGCGGGACUCGGUGCUGUGGUGGAGGGCGGGAGGGAAGUGAGGGAUGUUGGGCAGGGUUUCAUCAGAAGGAAUGCGUGGUAUCUCGCCAUCGGCAUGCUCUUUGCAUAUGUCAUAAUCGCGAGAUUGUUGAACGAUGCAUAG